AAUAAAUUUAAAUUAUAAUAUAAACUAAAUACAUGUAUAAGCACUUAAUAUUGUAUAUAUAUAGUCAUGAAUAUUACAAUACAAAAGCAGGUCAAAUUUACAGUUAAAUGAACCAUGUGACAUGUUGAAUGCUUUUAUAUUAUCAAACAAAGCUAUUAACUUUAUUUUUUGUGAUUUAGAUUAAUUAAAGUAUACAAAAUGCGUCACAGUAAUUCUCGUCCUACAGAAGAAUGUCCUUUAACAAAAGGUAAAAGUUACAAGCAUAAGUUAAAUAUGUAUUGUGGCGAUGGUUUAAAAUUUAUUAUAAGUUGUUUUACUAUACUGAGUAUUUCUAUCACAACAACCUUAAUUCUACAAAUACUUUAUGCUGAUGGAACACCUCAGGAUAAAGCUGCUAUCCAUGGUGCAGUUGCUACAGAUUAUACAAACUGUUCACAAAUUGGUACUAAAAUUUUAAGGAAAGGUGGUAAUGCAGUAGAUGCAGCUAUAGCAGCUACUAUUUGUAUGACAGUAGUAGCUCCACAUAAAACUGGCCUUGGUGGAGGUGGCUAUGUUAUGAUAUAUAACCAUAAGGAGCAAACAAAUCCAGUUAUUAUUGACUUUGCAAACAAUACAAUCAAAGGUAGCUUUGCUCAAAAUGGAAUACGUAUACCAGCUCUGUUACGGGGAUUAGAACAUGCACAUACCUUAAAAGGUAAAUUAUCUUGGAAUGAAAUCAUUAAACCUUCCAUAAUAUUAGCCAGAGAAGGAUUUGUUGUAUCCAAAGAAUUAGUGAGCGAAAUAUCCAGAAAUAUAAAUUAUGAAAUUUUAUAUGGACAUCUCAGUGCUGGGGAUAUACUAAAAUUAAACGAUCUUAGUGAUACAUUAAAUGCUAUAGCACAGCAUGGCACUGAUGUGUUAUACAAUGGAACAUUAUCACAGAAACUUUUGUCUAACAAAGAUUUGCUUGUGCAAUUAGCAAAUUAUAAGCCUGAUACAUAUUUAGCAAAGAAGUUAAGUUUUUAUAAGCAUACAAUAUAUUAUCCUUCAAAUGUAUCACAAUUAAAAUCAAUGAUGAAAGCAUUGGAGAACCUUCGAAUAACUACCGAAAAUGCAUCAACAAUAGGAACACAAGUUCACGUAGCUAAGGCUUUGGUACAUUCAGCUUCAAUUUUAGAACAAUUGAAACAAAAUGUUGAAGAAGAGAAGUAUACUGGAGUUAUGUCAAUGGAUUGGGAAGAUACAUAUGUUUGUAUUAUAACCGGACUCAGUGCACCAUUUGGUCUUGGAAAUAUAUCAAAUGUUGGAUUUUUAUUAGAUAAAAUUGAUACUAAUAAUAAUUUGACCAUGCUCACUCCAAUAAUUUUCCAUAAUGAAAACGCAAUAUGUGGGUUACGAGGAGUGUUUGGAACCGAUGAUACAUUAAUUAUAGGACAAUUAUUGUAUAAUAUUAUAAUCCGUCAGUUAAAUAUUUCUGAUGCUAUUGAAUAUCCAAGAUAUUAUAUUUUAACGCAUGGACUUGCUGUAGAAAAUGAUCAGAAGCAUUCUGUAGAUACUUUAAUACGAAAUCAGUUGAAUUUAAUUGUGCCACCAUCACAUGUUGAUGCUUACUUAAUAUUAAAAAGUGUGAAUGCAAUUAUUAAAAAGAAAGAUUUAAUGUCGAGUCAUUCGGAUAGCCGUGGAGGUGGUCUUUCAUCAAGAUUUUAAAUAUUUUACUUGUACAAUAUUUAUUUCCGUCCAAUUAAUAACAGACUGUUUUUAACAUUGAGACAAUAUUAAUCUCAAUAAGUACUUGAAAUAUUUUAUAGAAAUAACUCAUUUAUAAUUCUUAGAUAUUUUAUACAAAUUUAUACAAUAAAUUUUUAAA